AAAAUGGAGUUAUGUUCUUUUAUAAUGAUUGCGAAGGCCUAACAACUAACUUGCCCAAUUACAGAAAAGUAUGCCCUUCUUUGGCGUGCGGUGCCCGUGAACACUUGAUUUGGAAGUUGGAACGUACACUGUGGUUGUGGUUGGAACAUUAUGUGGUGACUUGUGGGAGUGCGCUGAGGUUGGAGUGUCCGAGUAGUGACCAUGUCAUCAAAAAGUGACAAGAAUUCUGGUAACUCUGACAAGGAGUUGGCUGUCAAAGCCAAAUCAGAGUUUAAUAAAGGAAACUAUGGAAACUGUGUACAGAUUUUGGAGAAGCUGACUGCUGACAAAAGCUGUGAUGUCAAACUGGCCCAUAAUAAGGCAGUAGCAGAGUUCUACAAAGGAGGUCUGAAGAAGACAGAAUCCUUCCAAAAGGCUCUGAAGGCCAUCUUUGAAAAGGCCAAGCUGCGCCCGGAGCGUCUGGAGACACUGGAGGACGUUGACACAUGCGUGCUCUACUACAACUACGCCGUCAUCCUCUACCACCUGCGCCAGUACCGCGCCGCGCUCGGCAUCGUCAGCAAGAUCUCACGCUACAUCGAGCCGCUCGAUGACGGCACCGCCAAAAAAAUCUGCUGGCUUCUGGCCGAGUGCUGCCUGAGCGCCCACCAGCCGGCGCAGGCGCUCGACGCCGUCCGCUUCAUCGAGGCCAAGUUCGUCACAAAGCCAGAGGACGCGCGCAAAAAGGACGGCACGCUGACCAGCCUGGCUCUGCGGAUGCACCGGUACCGGCUGCGGGCCGGCCUGCAGCUGCACAACCUCUCUGACGUGGCCUCGGACGUGCGUCUUCUCGCUGACACGGACAUGAGCCGCGCGUUCAUCGAGAGCUACUCGGAGUACCUGUCGGGCCGCGGCCGGUCGGCAGUGUCCGUGCUGAACCGGGUGGCCGGUAUGACCCUCCCCCCGUACCGGGCCACCGGGGAGCACGUGGCCACCAUGUACUACAACAACCUGGCCUGCAUCCACCACUACCUCAACAAACCCAACGUGGCCGGAUACUACCUGCGGCGGGCCAUCGCUGAGAACGACGCCGCCACCGCGCCGCCGGCCAAAACCGAUGGUGACCGGUACGGCGGCGUGCCUGUGCACGCCAUCGGCGGCUCGCGGCACUACGAGCUGGUCUAUAACGCCGGUAUCGCCUUCCUGCACGCGGGCCGUCCCAAGCAGGCGUUCGACUGUCUGACGGAGGCCAUCCAGGUGUACCACACCAACCCGCGGCUCUGGCUGCGGCUGGCAGAGUGCUGCAUCCUGGCGCACAGACAGGAGAAGCACGGCGACGAGCCGGGCACGGCGGCCGGAGUCGGGGUGAAGAGGCAGAGUCUGAUUCAGGGCAGCAUUGGGGCCGGCGUGCACAGAAAACUGAUACUCCGGGCCACGCCGACCGCGGCCAGUUCGGACCAGAUCUCGGCAGCCAUCCCCAACCCGACGCUGGAGUUCGCCUCGCUGGCUCUGCGGAACGCCUGUCUGAUUCUUGGGGAGGACGGAGAGGGAGAGAGUCCCGUCACUGUCGAGCCGGCCAACCCCGUCACUCCCGACCAGGUCCAGACCCUGCGCUGCUCGGUGCUCUCGGCCUCCUCCUACGUGCACCUGUGUCUGGGCGACCCGGUGCUGGCCCUGGAGGAUGCCCGGAAGCUGCUCACCCAGCGGCUACUGGCCCCCGCCCAGCGGCUGCUCGGACACCUGUACGCCGCCGAGGCGCUCCUGCUGCUCGACAGGGCCGACGAGGCGCUCGAGCACCUCACGCCAGAUCUCAGCGCGGACGUGUCGCUGCACGCGCCGGACGUGGCGCCGUCGCCAGUCGAGCAGCGCUGGUACCCCAACUCGCCGGUAGGGGCGCGCAUGUGCCUCCAGUACAAUAUGGCCGUGGUGCGGACCAUCCGCGGCGAGCUGGAGCUCGCCUGGAACCUGCUCAGAACGAUGAACCCUGCCGCGCCUGAAGUGCCGCCUCAGGUGGUUCAGCUGGCCCUCUACCUCCAGCUGAAACACGGAAAUCUGGACAUAGUGCGGUCCAUCAUAAAGCAGCACUCCCCUCAGUAUCGUUAGCGGCAUCCUGUGACUGCCGUGACUGCAAUCGGCCCGCGACCGACUCGCCGUGACUGCGAUGGGUCCGGACCGCUCGGGCGACCAGCCGCCGUGUCCUAAUGAAUUUUCGGCGAGCCAGAAUAUUAUUAUUGACUUGCAAAUGCCCGUGUUGCGAGAUGAAAUACAUGUGGGAUAUUUC